AUGGACUGCAAUUAACACUUUUUCCAGAGAAAAUCAAGUUUAACUCCAUCUUCUCCAUAAAAAACAAGGUAUACUAUUCAAUAUCAUUAUAGACCUUUACCAAGUCCAUCUUUAGAAAGUCUUGAAGAAUUCAAUUUAAAUGACGUAUAAUCAGAUUAAGAAAGCUCAAGAAAAUCAUCUGGAUAAAAAUUUGAUAAACAAGUGUUAGUGAUAGAAUAUUUGAUCGAAAAACUAAGAGUCUAUGAAUGA